CACAGUGGGGCAGCGGGACACUAGAGCCUGGGGACUCUAUAAUGAUGUACCCUGGGCAUGCUGGAGACUAAUGGAGGACGAUGCUGGAGCGCAAACAAUGUUGCCAAGUGCCAGAGGCUUUCGGCAGAAGCACAGCCAAACAUUGCCACCGGGGGGUCUCCGGGGUCUUUUCUGAUCAGGCGAGACCCCGAUUUGAGAAACCCCUCUUGAACAAUUACUACCAUCACCUCAACCAUGGGCUCUGCAAGGCGAAUACGCUCUCGAACGACUCGCUCGUCGAAAGCCAAGCUUUUGACCGAUCCGACUUCGUCCACUGCCGAAUUACAGAGUCAGCUGCGGUCACUGGGUCUCUAUGCAGCGCCCACUGUUGGUGACGGGAAUUGCCUUUUUCGCGCUCUUUCGGAUCAAUACUACGGCUCUCCGGCCCGACACGCCCAAGUGAGGCGCGAUGUGUGUGACUGGAUUGCUCAGCACCGUGAACGGUAUGAGGGUUUUGUAGACGUGGAUGAGUUCGGGAGUGGGAAGGAAGGCUUGGAAGGGUAUCUGCGGGGUAUGCGGGAGAAUGCUACCUAUGGCGGCCAUAUGGAGCUCUCGGCGUUUGCGCAUCUUACGAAGCGGAACAUUAAAGUCGUUCAGCCCGGCCUGGUCUAUGUCAUUCAAUGCGAAAGCCCCAAAACGCUGCAUGCUCCUGCAUCCAUCAUCAAACAAGAGGAGGGAGAGCAGGUGAUGAACCUUGAUGGAUUGAACGAUCGCGACCGUAGGAAGAUACGGCGGGACAGGAGGCGCACUGACGGUGUCGAGGAAGAAUGUGACCCCCCGGAUGGCGAAGACAGUACUAGCGGGCCAACAAUUUAUGUUGCCUACCAUGACUGGGAACAUUUCUCUUCUAUCCGUAACCUUCGAGGUCCCCAUGUUGGGUUGCCAUGUAUUCAAGAAACACAGGUAUCCGAUGAAGACGGCGAUAUCAUUCCCUCUACAACGAUAUCGAAGAAUGCAAAGAAGCGGGAAUUAAAGAAUGCAAUGAAGAGGAAGACCGUGGGUAAAGUUAAACUGCGCCUCUCUCAUCCUUCACCAGCCGAUCCCAGUCAAGUCCCUCUGCCCGUCACGCCAGCACGUUCGGUUUCUCCUGCUUCGACAUAUACACCACCUCCACCAUCGACCUCACCCACUCCCGCUCCUCCUAAUCUCAAUUCAUUACCACCGCCUGCCCGGCUUCAACGGUCGCCCAAGCGGUCAUUCGACGAGACGUCAGUUUCUGGCUCAUCGGAAACUACAGACACCGCAAAGUCUCAAGAAGAGGAUGAGCGCGAAGGGCGAGCCAAACGAACACGUACCAGCUCCUUUAUCCAAAUGACGAUCAUUGACGAUUUCGACGAGCCGUUGUCUGAGCUUUCUUCGUCCGAAUCAGAAGACGAUGACGAUGAGCAGUCACCUCCACGUACUACGCCUUCAUUAUCACCUGCAUCCUCUGCGGCUUCAUCCUCGGAGUCAUCAUCACCACGAGGUUCACCUGCACCCAUCGGUGCGGAGAAACCAAUGACACGGCGACAACGGAAGCGAUUGGGGUUACCCAAGAGCCGCCCAAGUGCUGGAAAGAUCAUCAUCCCCGGAGGACGGUAUGUCCCUAGGAGUGUUGUCCAGGUGACCAAUAUUGAUGUGGAAGAUGAGGAGUGGCGGCGUAAUGGCAGCGGACGGGUCGACGUAAGAGGGUUCCGAGAGCUGAAGAUAUAGGGCCUGCGGGACAGGUCGCUGGUGUAUUACUGUUUUUUUUCUCUUCGCUCAACUCACGCACCGUCCAAAUCUUUGUUUCCAUCAUUGCAUUUGCAUUACAUCCUGAAUGGACUUCUUUCGUUCUAGCACAUUUGUUACUUAUUUUUCAAUUUUGUUCAUACAUUUACAAGUAUCAUCAGCAGUACAAUAGUAUUUUUAGAGGCACGCAACAAUCACGACUUUAUGAGCAGUGUAUUCAUUAUGCGCUCAGAGUAGAUUUAAGAAAUUAGCGCGGAAAAUGGG